AUGAGACAGCUACACAUGAAUGCUUUUCUCUCGACCGGGGACAAGAGUACCGUUGAUGAGGUGCAGGGCAAAAAGAGAGAGAUCCAGCGAGCAGGCGAGGUACCGAAGAGCAUCGACUACGAUACGACCCGAGCUGAUCCAUUCCUCGCCGCAACCAUAGCCCGCUCGGUCGAAAAAGCACUGGAUGUGCCGGGCUACCUUGAUUGGACAGUCAUCGGCUAG